AUGGAGUACGAGUUUUCAUCAGCCAUACUCAGUAUCCUCAAACUGCGACUGUCACUUGUGAGGACUGACACAUUUGACAGCUGUGGGACACAUCUGACAGCUGUGGAACUAGGAAAGUCUGAAAGACUCCAACCUGUCACAGUGAUUGUAGAUGAAGGCUUGGACCUGAGGGAUAGUGAUAGCCAGGAGCAGCUUACAUUUUGGACUAAAUCAGGAGGUAGUUUUCUACAUUUACGAGCAGUGUGGAAGGUAGCCCAGCAGRCAGCAGUGGCUGGAGGUGCCUUGAGAUUGAGGCAUCCAAUUGAUUCCAGCCUAUGGAGAAGUGCACAUAAGAAUAGGAUAAAUAUGGCUUUUAAGGGYGAAGACCACUUAGAUUCCCUCUCCUUACCAGUUCAGCGCAUGCACCUAAUCCAGGUGGAYUCGGUUCAGCGAUGGAUGGAAGACCUGAAGCUGAUGACAGACUGUGAGUGUAUGUGCAUUCUGCAGUCCAAGCCCAUCAGCAUUGAGAAAGAUGAGCACAAUGAACUCCUCCUUUCCUCACAAUAUAGCACGUGUGAUAACUUGCAGCUUCUGCUGAAGAGAGCUUGGAUCAUAAGCACAGAACUGACCAGGAUUGCUCAGAAGCUGGAGAAGGGCAGAUGGCAGAGGGUUCACAGCAUGACCGUGAGAGUCAACUGCCACGUGCGUUCUAUGAUCAAUGAGUACAACACCUUCACCAGGAAUGCCUCAGAGGAAAUGCACCAGCUUGAAAAACUUUUAAUAGACAAGUGUUCAGAAUUUACAGCAUUCACAGAAAGGUGCUUACAGACUGAAGAUGAAGAGAUACUGGAAUCCAUGAAUUCUUGUAUUAAUAAAACACUCACUACUGUUGCCCAGUAUUUUGGCCAGUUGAUAGAGAUGGUUUUAACACAUGAAGCACAGAACCUGCUGAGACAGAUAGAACUCUCGGGCAGUCCGUAUGUCAUGGAGUCGGCAAUCAGUGGUUUAUUCAGCCUUGCCCAGGAAGGUGCUCAUCUCUGCCGUAUCAUAGCCAAGGAAGGAGGUGUCGUUGCUCUCUUUAAGAUCUGUCGCCAGGAUUGUUUCAGGUGCCUUUAUCCCCAGGCACUGAGAACACUGGCAUCAAUUUGCUGUGUAGAGGAAGGAAUACACCAGCUGGAAAAGGUUGAUGGGAUAUUGUGCCUGGCUGACAUCCUCACUGAUAACAGCCAUUCUGAAGCUACUCAUGCAGAAGCAGCAGCAGUAAUUGCCCAGAUCACUUCUCCACACCUCACAUUCACUCAGCAUCUCAGCAGCUUUCUGGAAAAUAUGGAAGAAAUUCUGACAGCACUUGUUAAAUUGUGCCAAGAAGCUUCAUCAGGUGAAGUUUUCCUGCUGGCUUCAGCAGCCCUUGCCAAUAUUACUUUCUUUGAUACCAUGGCUUGUGAAAUACUGCUCCAGUUAAACGCAACGAAGAUCCUCCUAGCAGCAUGUUCAGAUAAAGGCAUAGUGGAUACUCCAUAUUCCCGGGAUCAGGUGGUAACAAUAUUGGCAAACAUGUCUGURUUGGACCAGUGUGCUUCAGAAAUCGUUCAAGGAAAUGGUGUUCAACUUCUAAUGGAAAUGCUCUUUGAAAAAUCAUCCUCAGGAAAUCCAGCAGAGAUUGCAGCUUGUGAGCGAGUGCAGCAGAAAUCUGCGGUCACACUGGCACGGCUCAGCCGAGAUCCCGAGGUGGCAGAUGCUGCUGUAAAACUCAGCUGUAUUCCUCGCCUGAUUAAACUUUGUAGAUCACCAACAGAAAGGAAUAACAGCGAUUCUGUUUUAGUGGCUUGUCUGGCAGCCUUGCGAAGGCUAGCAAUUAUGAGCCCUGAUGGACUGGAAGAUUCAGAUUUUCAGCAGCUGGUAAAGCCCAGACUUGUGGAUUCUUUUCUGCUGUGCACAAAUAUGGAAGAGAGCUUUGUAUAAAUGGGAGCCAAAAAGCUCUGAACCCUAACCAAGAUGAUAGGCAUACAGUAAGAU